UUUGGCUGGUUUACAAAUUCAAAGCCAUCUGCACCAUUUUAUGGAAAACAAUCAGUUAUAAAGAAACCCGACCGUCCGCCAAUUUCAAUAAAGCAAAAUAUCCCAAUUUUCAAUUUUGUCCAAAGAAGCAAGUGUUUAUAAAGAAAUGGCAAACGCAUACGACUUCAUUCGCGCAGCAGCUCUAGUUAUUGGCUUAGGCUUUUCUGCUCAGCAAGAUAGAAAGUCAUGGAUUUGGGGAGAUUCUGUUUUAUGGGGUGCCUAUGCCUUGGGACUUUUCCUGUUCCCAGGAUUAUUGUUUCCUGGCAAUGAAAGUGCAAUGAUGUCGUACAUUACUCGUUUGAUUGCCUCUGUUGUUAUUGGAAUGGAAACAAUGUGGUAUUUAACCAGGAAAACAAGAGAUGAAAAUGUUGUUGGAGCCACUCUUUGGUCAAGACUUAUUAGCAGCCUGCUUGUCCUUAUCUUCUUGACAUACAGCUACUUUCAGCAUGGCAGCAAAUUCCCAGAGAAGACACUGUAUUUUGAUAUGUUGGCGUACACCAUGUUGCUUUUAACAACAGUGUACCAGUUCUGGCGUGGAGAGUACCGUGUGGGAGGUAGAGAACAGAAAGGCAAUGUCAGUACACUGUUGAGAAUCCUCUUCUUCAUCAUGUUUAUGUCAGGACUUGUGGACAUGACUUUCCCAUCAUGGGUUAUACCGUUUAAGAAGUUGGACGCAAUGGAAUCACUAGCAGUGAGAUGUGGGGGAGCUUUGAUGUUUGGUCACUCAUUCACAGCAUUGUAUGCACCAAGCUUUAGAUAUGACGAUGACAGAAGUGCCUUCUUCCUUUCUAGUGUUAUAUCCACUGGGUUCAUGUUCAUCAGUCUAAACCUAGCCUACUUUGUUGAUGGACUCUUCAAUCCUAGAGAAACCCUCGUUAUGCAUUCGUUCCUGCUACCGAUGUUCAUCUUGAUCCUCGGCCUGUAUUUGCUAUGGAAGAAGGACUCGGGGAACCAGUCAGACUAUAAUCUCAGAUCCAAAUCUCAGUAAAAUGGUACUGGGUACCAGUCAGGGAUUUGAUAAUGUCAAUUUUAUUUUACUUGAAAAAGGUGGUUGACUGCUUCAAAGUUUAAUAUUACUUCCAUUGAUUGUCUGAAUUAUUUUUUUCAAGUGAUGUUUUAUGAAGUUAAGAUUAGACUUAAAUUUCAAUGGAAGAGCUUUAAAUGUUAUUACCAUUUGAAGAAUGUUGGAAGCUAUAUCAUAUCAAAAAGCAACAAAAGAUGUCACUGGUUGACUCUGAUUGUAUUUUUUUCUGUUGAGUAGGAACUGGAAAUAUAUACAAACAUAUUGUCAUGUGUUUUCAUGGAUCUUAACAGAAAUCUUGAUCUCAAGUAAAAUAAAUUUGAUAGGUUAUGCUUUAAAAUGAUACUCUCAUGACAUAAGUGGAAUGUGUGCCUUAUUUAAUUGAUUCUUGAUGUAAGAAUGUGCACAGAAUCGGACAGAAGAAUUGCUGAAGUGGAAGACUCUCAUGAAAAAGGCAGCUUAGAUGGAAAUUCAGGGUUAUAGAACUAGUGCUUCCAUAGAUGUUAAACUCACUGAUUUAUCUAGCAGGAAAAAUAAUACAUCUGAUUAUAUCUAGGACUAGGAUCUACAAGAAAAUUUUGUUUUUGUGACUUGUGUUGUAUUGUUUACUUCUAAAUAAAUUAAAGGCACUGACCUCAAUAUUUUGGCUAAAAAAUUAUCUUUCUUAUCAUUGAAGUUUAGUCAUAUUAUGAACAUUAGAAUAUGAAUUUUUCUUUCUAAACAAUUUUAAAAAUGCCAAAUCAAGAAAAAAAGAUGACCGCGUCGGGAAUCUAACCCAGACCGCCACGGCAAUAAAGAAGUUUUCAGCUGUCGUUACCAAUACUGCUAUGGAGGAUUUAGUGUUAAAUGUGAGUUGAAUAUUGAGGCAAUUUACCUUGAGUAAAGCGUUACACACACUUUUCAAUUUUCACCAUAAAAAGUAAUAAAAAGAAAUUAUUCUUCUGUGUUUCCGUACAUAUAGUCUCUCAGUAAUAAAGUUUCAAAGCAUUUUUACAAAAUACAGCAUUAAUUUCCAGAUAUCUAAAAAAAUCUGCUUUUUUGUAUUUCGAAAGAUCUGGAGGCCAGUGCCUUUAAAGAGAAUAUUCAACCUCUGAUUUGAUGCAAUCUCAGAUUUUAUUAGAAUCUUAUUACUGUGAAAGUCUUUAUUGAAUGAGGUGGUAGUAUUAAAACAAAAAUAGUUUUGUUUUCAGGUAAUAGGGAAUUUAGAGUCAUGUACAUAUGUACAUAUACAUUUGUGUGCAUUAGUGUACUGUGUCAUAAUAUAUAAUUUUUAGGUAUAUGCGGUUUUAAUAAUUAGACAAUUUUAAAACAAGGCAGCAACAAACAUUACGCAAUUUUUAUGUACAUUUUGUAUUUUUUUACAUGUAAAUAAAUAUUUCAAAUUGUAGGAAGUAGUUAUCAUUGUGCAUGUAUGUGAUGUAUAUUUGUUAAGACUAAUAAUUUUCAACACAGUUAAAAGCAGUUCCUCCACCGAUUAAUGUGUUUUUUUAUGUAAAAUUAAGGAAACAUUCACUCUACCAGGGUAUAGUUUAACAGUUUAACAGUUUGACCUGACCAUGGCUGCAGUGAAAAAAUUUGUGGAAGGUACAUCCAUGGUAUAUCAUAGUCAUGAAUGUAGAAAAUUGCAAAUUUAUGAGCUUACUUGAAGAAAGAAUGAGUGAAAAAAAAUGAAGAAUAGGGCUGUAAAUAGUAUUUAAAUGUUUUGCAAAAAAUUUAUAUGUGGUUACUUUGAGAAUCUCUCCUCAGGCUAACAGUAUAGACCUGUUGGUCCUCUAUCAAUUCUGCAAGCUUAAUAGUGUUACUGUAAGAUAUCCCCUUAAAACUUAAUCUAAUACCAAAAUUCUGUUCAUUUCAACUCUCAAUAAUUGUUAGGAAUUAUUGAAAUCCUGUAAAUAUUAUUAAUUUUAUAAAUUUUGAUAAAUUAUCAGCGUUUUAUGUUGAGAUAUUUUGACGUUACACUGUAGAUGAGCUGCUUUAACAUACAGGAUUUUCAUUGACCAUUCUUUCCUAUCAUGCUUUCCAUUUGCUCUGUACACAGGACCAAAUCAUACCAGUUUGCACAAAUCGCUCUAGAUUUAUUGCAAUAUUCCUUGUCUUAAUAUAUAUUUACAUCAACUGUAUAUUUUGUGUAAAAAGAAUAAAAGUGUUUUUUUUUUUUAUAAAAAAGCAACACUGGUGCAAAAAUGUCAAGUGUGACCGUUUCUGUCAGAUUGCAUGUGCAAAAGAAUCGUAAUCAUAAAAUAUAUCGUUGACAUACAUUUUAGACAGUUUUAAAUAAACGUAAUGUUAAAAUAUGGUAUAUAAUUCUAUCACGACUAGCAAAUAACCUACAUACAUGUAGAGCAAAAUUUAUCUCUGGUUAUUCUGCAAUAAACCACUCACGUGCAAUGACCUCAUGCGUUCCAGGUGCGUAGCACAAUUGUUAAAAGUAGCUACCAUUUUUUCUAACACUGUUGAUACUAGUAUGUCGUGUUAGAAUCGAAAUAACAAGUUCCCAAGUGUGGUUUAUCUUAGAAUAACCCGAGUUUUUCGUUCUUAUGCGAAACAGUAUAUCACUCGGGCCUACGGCCUUCGUGAUAUAUUCUUACACACAAGAACAAAACAUGGGUUAUUCUACAAUAAACUACACUUGGAAACUUUUUAUUUCUUAAGUAAACAAGCCUGUUUAAUGGUGGUAUUUUGUGCAAAAAUUCAUUUGUCAACAAGUGUUUGCAAGAGACAUUUUUACAAAUAAAUUUUUUAACAAACUUUGUGGGGCCUCAUUUUUUCCCCAAAAUGUGCCCAAUCUGAUUUAUAGAAUAAAUGUUAAUGUAUAAAUUAUGUUUAUACUGAUUCUUUCAUUCUUAUAAACUAAAAUAGAAUUACUAAUGUUUGAAAGAUGUGUGUUUAAAAAUUUACUCCUAUACAUCCUGAUUGAACUUAUUUACUUGCGUAUGAAAGUAUAUUUGUGACUCAUUAGAAAUAAAUCUCGAUAUAUACUGUA